CGGAAGAAGAAGCAUCAUAGGAGCUGUCAAAGAUGGCGGAGUGUGAGGAGGAGGUGGACGUUUUGGUCCAGAGAGUUGUCAAAGAUAUAACAAACGCUUUCCAGAAGAACCCCAACAUUGAUGAAAUUGGAGUGAUAACAUGUCCAGAAGCACGUUACAAUCGCAGUCCCAUUGUGCUGGUGGGGAAUAAGCUCGGUGUGGAGAGCUGGUGCGUUAAGUUCCUGCUGCCAUACGUCCACAACAAACUGCUACUCUACCGCCAGCGCAAGCAGUGGUUGGACAGAGAAGCUUUAGUAAAUAUCACAUCCACUCUCCUGCUGCUGAACCCAGACUUCACCACUGCCUGGAAUGUCAGGAAGGAGCUGCUGCAGUGUGGAGUGCUGUGUCCACAGAAGGACCUCUACCUGGGGAAGCUGGCCCUCACAAAGUUCCCCAAGAGCCCUGAAACCUGGAUUCACAGGCGCUGGGUCCUUCAGCAACUCAUGCUGAGUCGACAGAAGCAGCAGGGGGCGCCAGAGGCUGAUGCUGAGAGAAUCCAGCAGCUGAGUGAGCAGGCGGCUGAGACAGUUCAACAGGAGAUGAGAGUGUGCACAGAUGCCGCCAACAGGUAUCCCAGCAACUACAACGCCUGGUCACACCGCAUCUGGGUCCUGCAGCACAUGGCCAAAGGCAACAUCAAGUUUCUCCAUGAUGAGCUGGCCUCCACACGCCCUUGGGUGUCCAUGCACGUGUCCGACCACAGCGGCUUUCACUACAGACAGUUCCUGAUACAGCAGCUGCUCACAGAGUUGUCUCCACCUCAGGGCAGCACUAAGGUCAAUGGGGGUCCGGCAGGGCAUGGGCUGGAGACUGAGGACCUCACUGCGCUGCUGCAACUGCUCCAGGAGGAGAUGGAGCUGAUCUCUGACCUCAUCCAGACUUUUCCUGGACAUGAAGCCCUCUGGUGCCACAGGCGACAUGUCUUCUAUGUUUGGCAGAGCUGGUGGAGAGAGCAGCAGCUCAGCCAGAGCUCCUCUGUGAUGUCCGAGCCUAAUGGGGCGCAGUGUGACGAGUGCGUGCAGGGACACAGGGCAUCAGGGGAGGCCUUGGAGGAGGGACUGCCUCUGCCUUUAGCACAGGACCGAAAGCGUCUGAAGAGGGCGGUCCUGGGGCUGCCUUCAGUGCCGUCAGAGCAGAGCUUUGUGAGCUCGCUCCUCGACAGCUGCUCCUGCCCAGAUCAGAGACGCCUGGCUCUGGCCUAUAGGAGGUGGCUACACACAGUGCUCCAGCUGCAGCUCUGACUCUCUUGCAGAGACCUUUAGACCUGUAUCAGAAUCAAGAUCCUAUUCACCAGAAGUGUAGUCGUACGCCACUCCCACCAGGACCACGCCCCCGGUGUUUAAGUACGAGUGACCCUACAGUGAGCUGGACUAAAGGUCAGACUGGUUUAACAGCCGCAUUAGUUUGACAGUCAUGGGAUCUCUGUCUUCAUAAACUAUUAACAUUAUUUGUGCACAUUAGUCUUCUACAAAUUCUUCAAACCUCACUCCGUCUGCCUUUGAAAGCGUACUUCAAAAGCAGGUGCUGGACAGUUCAUGUUUCUUUGUUGGAUUUGAUUUUCAUAUGCGUGGGAUUGUUUGGGUGGCAGUGUGGACUAUGAAGAGUUUCUUAGUUAAAACCUUCGUCCACUGGGUUUGUGUUAUUCAAAUGUUGUUUGUCUUGGGUGUAGAAAAGGUACUUUAAAGUCUAUUAUACAUUUGAUCAUUUAUUAUCCUAAUUUUUAGGUAGUUAUUAACCUCUUGGGUUGAAAUAAUUUACAGAAAGCUAAUAUAUUGUUCUUGAAAACUACCUAUGAAACAGUAGGGAACCAGACCAAAGCAAGGUCAAGUGUUCUCUGGGGAUUUGAAUGGAGCAUACACAUUACAUUAUACUGGAUAGAGGCUCCUGUUCCAAUGUCAAUGACACUACAUUCAGGCUCUGAAAAACUAGGUCACAGUGAUGAUAGUAGAUUUCACCUGUUCCUUUCCUGCAUUGUUUCUUAACACAGGGAUAGAAAGUAGGAUUCUAGUCAAAGUUCAAAUUUUUAAACAUGUCCAGAAGAAUUAACAAAAGACUGAAAUAUGAACUGACAAACAAAUACACAAAUCAUGUUUCAGAAUAUGUUUGUUUUAGCAAUUUUUAUGCAGAGUAAGAAACUAUAUUCUUGUGAAAAUUAUGAUACUGGUAAAAAUUCCAGCCUUAGAAAUUUGCUUAUUGCGUCCACUCAAAUUGCGAUUUUGAUUGUAUUGCAAUCAAAAUCGUUUGUGUUAAACUAGAUAUUGGAGAAUUAGUUUAGAGAGUUAGUUGACUUUUCUGAUCACAUUUUUAAGAACAGCCCGACUAAUUCUGACGCUAGUAUUUGGGUGCAGUGCAGUUCAUUUCUUCUCAUGAUCUCACCUACCCGACUUAGAGGGUGAUUACUUCAUCAGUACGAUUUCACUUUAGUCUUCUACAACAAGCACAGUGGACUCAACUUCCUGUGUCCAACCAACCAAAGAGCGCGUUCACACUACACUGGCAUUCUGCGACCACAAGGACAUGCCUGGGCCUGUCUUUAUGUCACUUAGUAUUUUCCAAAUAAACUGGUGCUAAUUAAAGAUACACAUGAUAAAUAAUAACAUAGAACCCAAAAAUAUUGUACAUCAUUUACUGAACAGAAAGUCCAGUUACAAGCUACAGUAAUAAUUACUGUGACAGGCCUAGACUUGUCCUGUAUUCCUUUCCCUGAUCAAAUGUUUGGAAAUUACUUUAAAGGGUCCAUACACAAUUUUACACAAUUUUCUAAUCUAUGUUAUAGUUUUGUUUCCUCUUCAAAAAACCUGAAGUUGUUUUGUUUCAUUCACAUAGUUAGGACACAAAGCGUGCAUAUUUAAGCUGAGUUCUUCUCUCCAACAGAAAACUCUAUACACCUUCACUAGAAUAAUCUGAACGAUUCCAGCUCUAAAAUUGCCCUUCUCCCUUGAAUUUAAGGUAAAAGGUUGACGUUAACUUGAAAACUACCGCUUCGUGACAUCCCAGUGUGGAACAGAGAAUUUUGAGCUUUGAGAUCUAGGCAGCCUAAUAAUGCAUAAUAACUCCAACAAGCGUGAAUGAAACAAAACACAACUCCAGGUUUGUUUUUGAUGAGGUAAUGACAUUCUAACAUGAUUUUAAGCUCCCCAGAGUCCAUUUUGCAUAAUAUAGGACCUUUAACAUUGCUCAUUCACCUUUGUGUAUUGUGCUUCCAUAACAUCCACUGACAGGGAAGGAAAACCACUGUGUACAUGACUAUUAUUGAUAAAGCAAGUAUUUUUGAGCCAUGUAAAAUGCUUAUGAAACCAGUGUGGACUUAGACUAUCAGAAGUGUAUGCAAGGAUAGUUCCAUUUUACUGCAGAUCUACAACACAAAUAACUAUGCAGAAGUGUUACUGAGAUUCAACAAGUGAUUUUUGACUCAAAUGUAGCUUGUACAUUUUUCCUUUAUAUUCUCAAAUUGUCUUCAGUGACUGUAGUCCUAGCCUCAUCUCACUGAAUCUGUCAUAAUAAAGCUAAUUAGGAUAA